CUGCACCCACACCCCAACCUUCCGGAAUGCCAACGCGCCGUUGCUGGGACGUUCGGGUGUUGUCAUCCGGCCACUCGCCUUGUGCGAGCGCAUACCUAACGCUUUGUGUUUCGGACGUGUCGCGGCGCACUCGGCUGUCAUGCUGACGACGCCUGAAACUUCUUCGCGGCUCUGGGGCUGUGCAUGUGUUGUGUGCAAGACGACUGGCUCCACUAUUAGACUGCGAUACGCAUGGAACAGCCACGCUGACGACAGUGCCGCUUACAGAAGACUAAGAUGCGCAUCGUCUAUAAUAUCGCCGCAACCCUGACGUUUGACGCUUUUUGAUGUAAUCCGCUCUUUGUAAGGUUUACGAUAUACGAACGCCAUCACUGUCGCUUCUGGACUGCGUUUGGGAUUGACGACUUCUUUGUUUGACGUGCAAUCUUCCGUCGACUGAUAUACCCACCUUCUGAUCUUCAGAGCGUCCGAUCAGUCUCACAAGAUGUUUUUCAAGAAUUUAGUAGCGGCAUCCGCCCUUCUCUUCUCGGCCGCCACCGCACAGACAGCCUGCAACAACUCGCCAUCAUUAUGUUCGAGGGCGUACAACAACAUCACACAGCUUGGAGCGCACGACUCACCUUUCUUGCGCAACAAGAACACAUCUUUUUCCACGUCAGGGAACCACUACUACGACACAACAACACAGCUCGACGCCGGUGUACGAUUGUUGUCUGCGCAGGUACACAAGAACGGCAACGGCAGUGGCGCAGACGCAUGGCAUCUCUGCCAUAGCUCCUGCGAUCUCCUCGAUGCCGGAACACUCAAGUCCUGGCUCUCGACAAUCAAGACAUGGAUGGAUAAAAACACAAACGACGUGGUCACAAUCGUCCUUGUCAACUCCAACUCCGCGACCGCCUCCGAGUUGGGCGAGCAAUUCAACUCCUCUGGCAUCUCCGAAUACGCAUACACACCUUCUUCGACCAGCGCACCCACGACGUGGCCGACACUUGAUAACCUCAUUGGCAACAACACCCGCCUGAUGACCUUUGUUGCCUCCCUCAGCGAAGCAUCCACCCAGUACCCCUUCCUGAUGGACGAGUUCACAUACGUGUACGAGAACGACUACAACAACAUCAACCCUAGCAACUACUCUUGUACGCCCAGCCGCCCUACCGGCCUGACUACAAGCUCCACUGGCGGCCGAUUGUUCCUGAUGAACCACUUCUUGUACGAGAACCAGUUGUUCGGUAUCCAGUCGCCCAACGCAAGCUAUGCGUCUACAACGAAUGGUCAGACUGGAUACGGUAGCUUGGGUGUCAGUGUCAGCAACUGCACGACUGUUUACGGCAAGGCGCCAUGGGCUGUGCUUGUUGACUUCUUCAAUGUUGGACCGGCAAUUGCGAGUGUGGAUGCUGCGAACGGUGUUUCGGGGUCGAUCUCAGGGCGCAGGAACCUGAGCACUGAUGCAUUGACUGAGGCCAGUGAAAGCGGUGUAGCGAGGUCGCAGGGAAAUCUCUUGGCGGUGGUCGUCGCAGUUGUUGUUGCUGUUGGGUUUGGUAUGUGAGAUCUGGUCGUUUACAUCCUGCUUUAUGCAUGGCGAUGGCGUUUUGGUUGACGGGUCAUUGGAAAUGCCGCAUGACAUAAAAGGCCCAGGGGCCAGUUUUUUAUUACGACUUGAAGAUCUAAAAAUGAAUCAUGACUCCACAGACCUCCACUACAAGUAUACAAU